GGUUUUGAAGUUAUACUUUGUUCUUUCUGUAUCUCGAAGGGGUUGGAGUGUAAGAUAAUGGAAGAUAUUAAAAGGUAUUCCUGUUGUGUUCGCUGGAAUCGUUCUUGCGAUGAUUCCAGUAUUCCGGUGAAUGCUUAUAGGUUUGCUUUUUUUUGA